AUGGCCAUUGAGAAUGAAGGAUCAACAGAAAAAAUAAAUGGAACAUACUGCUAUAUAUUACAUCUUUAUGGUCAUCUUAUUAAUGACCAAAAGGCACUAGUAACUCUUAUAGACAUUCAGGUUUUCUUUGACAUUCUCGUGCCAGAUAAUGAAUCUCCUGAUGAAUGCGAAACAAAAAUAAGGGAUAUUUUAUCUGGUAGUAUGAAGACAUUUUCAGUAGAGAAUAUUAAGAAAGCCAUUCAAGCUAUCCAAGAAAAUAAUUUCGAAACUGCUUCAGAUGAUUUAUACUCAUUUUACCAAAAAGUAGCUCAAGAAAAUGAAAUCAAACUCUCUGGGUGGUCUACUAUAAACAAAUAUAUAUGUAAGAAAGGUAAGCAAACCAGUCCACUUUUUCCGCACGAAUUCUACAUAUCUAUAAAAGAUUUCUGUCCACUGGAAAAUAUAAAAACAUAUGCCUCACAAAUGGAAGAAUUUGCAGAAGUUUUUGAACGGAAAAACAAGGUUUUUAUGAUUAGCAUGACAUUACAUUGGAAAGAUGAUCCAAAACUAUUAAAACAAAUCUGUCUUGUCGAUGUUGAAAUAGAACCAGACCCACCAAGUAAAUCUACUAAAAGCUUUCACUUUCUGUUGGCGAGCAUUUGCCUUGAUAUCCAUAUUGGGUUUAAUGAUUCAGACUAUGAUUGGUGUUUUAUUAUGGAAAGAGCAUAUCAUCUCAAUAUACUCAAAUGGAUGUGGAAGCGAAUGACAGAAAAGUUCAAAACAAAGGAAGAAAUUCUAAAGUGGAAAUAUCGUGAAAAGUUAGGAGUAAAAUCUGAAAAUGAUUUCAUGAAAAAGUAUCCUGUUAAGGCUCCCGAGAAAGGUAAAAAGGAUCUGGAGGAGAAAGAAUAUAUGGGUAGUCCAAUUAAGAUCAAAAUUAGUGUGGGAGAUUAUUUUACUUCUAACUUCCUUAAACUGCCAGGUUGUAUACCGAUUAACAUCUGA